GUAGAGCUGCUCCACGCUGGAGUGAGAGGGAGAGAGAGAGAGAGAGAGAGAGCUAGAGCGAGAGACACAGGGAGAGAGGGCGGGUGAGAGAGGGACGAGCAGCGAGCGGAGUGGAGCUACACACACAAAGAGAGGAGAAAGUGGAGCAGGGGAGCGUGCGGCGCGCAGGAGAGAGACACAAAAGAACGAGGGGGAAGGAGGCGCGGGGGAGACGGAGGCAUGGAGGAGACGGCCGGGGGGGCCAGGAAGGCCACCAAGAGCAAACUGUUUGAGUUCCUCGUCCACGGAGUGCGUCCCGGCAUGCCGUCAGGUGCCAGGAUGCCCCACCAGGGGGCGCCCAUGGGCCCGCCCGGGCCCCCGUACGGAGCCAGCCCUGCGGUGCGGCCGGGCCUGCCCACCCCCGUCAUCGAGGCCAGCCGCAAGAGACCCGCCCCCUCCCAGCAGGUCCAGCAGCAGGCCGUCCAGAACCGCACCCGGAAGAAGCCCGUCGGAUUCCCGGGAGCCAAUGAGAUGCCGGCAAGACAGAUGGACAUGAGAGAGCCCCAAUCAGAUCCCACGCUCGGAUCAAAUGCCAAGAGAAGGAAAAUGGCGGACAAGAUUCUUCCACAGAGGAUCCGUGAGCUGGUCCCGGAGUCGCAGGCCUACAUGGACCUGCUGGCCUUCGAGAGGAAGCUGGACCAGACCAUCAUGAGGAAGAGGGUGGACAUCCAGGAGGCGCUGAAGAGACCCAUGAAGCAGCAGAAGCGGAAAUUGCGUCUAUACAUCUCCAACACCUUCAACCCAGCUAAACCCGACGCCGACGACUCCGACGGCAGCAUUGCAUCAUGGGAGCUGCGGGUGGAGGGAAAGCUACUGGACGACCCAGGGAAGUUGAAGAGGAAGUUCUCGUCGUUCUUCAAGAGUCUGGUCAUCGAGCUGGACAAGGACCUAUACGGACCUGACAACCACCUGGUCGAGUGGCACCGCACCGCCACCACCCAGGAGACGGACGGCUUCCAGGUGAAGCGGCCGGGGGACGUGAGCGUCCGCUGCACCCUGCUGCUCAUGCUGGACUACCAGCCCCCCCAGUUCAAACUGGACCCCCGGCUGGCCCGGCUGCUGGGCAUCCACACCCAGACGCGCUCCUGCAUCAUCCAGGCACUGUGGCAGUACGUCAAGACCAACAAGCUGCAGGACUCCCACGACAAGGAGUACAUCAACUGUGACAAGUACUUCCAGCAGAUCUUCGACUGUCCGCGUCUCAAGUUCUCAGAGAUCCCCCAGCGGCUCACCAACCUGCUGCUGCCCCCGGACCCCAUCGUCAUCAACCACGUCAUCAGCGUGGAUCCCAACGACCAGAAGAAGACGGCGUGCUACGACAUCGACGUGGAGGUGGAGGAUCCCCUGAAGAGCCAGAUGAGCAGCUUCCUGCUCUCCACGGCCAAUCAGCAGGAGAUCGCCUCCCUGGACAACAAGAUCCAUGAGACCAUCGAGUCCAUCAACCAGCUGAAGAUCCAGAGAGACUUCAUGCUGAGCUUCUCCAGAGACCCCAAGGGGUACAUCCAGGACUGGCUGCAGUCCCAGAGCAGAGACCUAAAGCUGAUGACUGACGUGGUGGGCAACCCCGAGGAAGAGAGGAGGGCCGAGUUCUACCACGAGCCCUGGUCCCAAGAGGCCGUCAGCCGCUACUUCUACUGCAAGAUCCAGCAGAGGAGGCAGGAGCUGGAGCAGGCCCUGGCAGUACGCAACACCUAACCGCCCUCACUACCGGGGCCGUGUGUGUGUGUGUGUGUGUGUGUGUGUGUGUGUGUGUGUGUGUGUGUGUGUGUGUGUGUGUGUGUGUGUGUGUGCGUGUGUGUGUGUGUGUGUUUGCGUGUGUGUGCGGAAGGUGGUUCUCCAUAUUGUGAUGUCAUCAUCGCGUGACGAUCCUGCUCCACUUUACAUCAUCGGACAUCAACUUCUGAUUCGGAUCCCGGGAGCACGUUCCACAGAGGCGAUAGAUGGGAUGUGUCUACGGAAAAGCGUACAUGAGUUUUUAAACAUAUUGAAUGAUAAGGGGAUGGGGUGUGUGCGUGUGUGUGAGUGUUUGUUCUAGUUAGAGGUGAGCUUUUUGGAGUGUGAACUACAUGAAUUACACCAGCAGAAUGAGAAGAAGUUGGGAGAUGGAGAAAUCCUUUUUUUUUUGUGGUAAUCUAAAUGAUUUUAAAAAGCAGUUAGGGGAUGUUCAGUAUCUAGACUGAUGUGCUUAUUGGCUAAUUCAAUUGUCAACUCCAAACAGUAUUUUCACUAUCCAGACCUUUCGACAGCAGCACUGCUGAUACACGUCACAAUUGCACCCACCGUGCUGUGAUAUUCAAAUUAUAUGAAUUAUUGGAAAAUUUGGAUCAUAAAUGUUUCUGUAAAACAAAAUGGAUAGCUGUCGGAAAGUUGAACGAAGCUUGUAAAAACAAAAAAAAACAGUUUGGCAUUAUGAUAGCAGGACAUUUAAGAGUGAUAAUUAGGUUUUUAUGAAGUUACUGACUGCCUAUUUAUGAUGUUAUACUUAAAGAAUUAAAGAUGUCUCAAAUGUUUCACCAAAGGUUCAAAAUAUAAGCAGUAUUCGCUGUCUUACACGGAAGAUGAAGGAGCUAAAGACCAGAACCGCUAGUACAUGCAGUAUUUUACAGUACUACUUGGAGUACCGAGUGUUUGUGUGUGUGUGUGACUUUUACUGCAUGCGGAAAUAAUAUCGUGUUUUUCUAAACACCUGAGUAGUAGCAGGCACACUUUCUGAAAAAUACUGCAGGCGCUGAGUUCUGCUGCUUUGGGACGCAGUUUAUAGUUUGUAAUACAAAGUCUCACGGACUGUUUAAAAAAAACGGAAGGGAAAGAUGAAGACUUUUUUAAUAAGAGAUGUGAAUGUAAAUAUUUUUUUUUUCUUAAGACAGCUAACUGUACAGUAUAUGCCUGUUUGUUUGUGUCAUUGUUUGGAGGUCUUGGCCUCGUAUUGCAGUACGGCGGCUCUAAAUACGUAGAAAAGGAACUUUAGCGUUCCACUGUGUGCUGUGGAGCCUAGUCUAACAUGAGAAAAGACUGAAUACUUUUCAAAUGUAACGGGGAAGAACAAGUAACCAAAACACUUUAAAUCAAACGCAAGAAACAGCAGCCUCUCUGGUGAAACACGGAUUAUUACAAGCUGUUUUGAAUUGGCUCAAAUCAAUAAUUGUGACUGAUGCAAUAGCAGAGUUUCACCAGAGGGGCUUCUGUUGAGGAGGUUCGAUUUACCUGUUGGGUUGCUCAUUAACUUUAUUUUGGACUCCAUGGAAACUCACUAGUUUAGCAGUUAAUCUGCACCUUUCUCCAUUUAUUUUAUUCAUGUUUCACUGUCACCGUUUCUCAGCCAACAGACUCUCUUUGCACUGUGCUGUAGAUUUCCGUCGUGGGGGGGAACUUUCCACCCGGCAUAAACAAGAGUGAUGGGAUAACUCACGAUGACCUAUGCAUGCUUUGUGUAUAUUAAUGAAUACAUUUGAAGCAGUACGUGUACAUAUGUUACGCUGGUUUAGCCGUUUACGUGAUGAGAAGUCAAUUCAUAGCACACUCAUGUAAAAAAAAAAAUGCCUUCUGGAAAGUUUGCCAAAAAUGAUAAUGCUCUACCAGCAAUUUACUGUAGGUGUGAUUUUCAGAAGUGUUUUCGUUAAUAGAACAGUACUCUAAUUAUGUUAACUGCACUCACUAGAGAAGCAGAAAGUCGUUUAAAGCAUCUUAUGUACCUCAGUACUUAGUGUCUGGUAAAAAAAACAAAACAUAUUUUUUGUAAGGCCGUUUAUCAUCACUGUCGUCACAACGGCGUCACUGGUCCGCUGGCUCCCUCUUGUGCAGGAAUUUGGAAACUGCAACUUGCUUCUCAUUCAGAAAUAAUGUGGGGUGGCUGACAGCAUCCUACCACCCGUGUGAGAGUUUCCUCUAAUAAAGCGUUGAUUCACGUUCAAAGGUCUGUUGCGUUUAGCAAACGUCUGUCGACUGCAUGUGUUUUCUAGGUCUCUAUCCCUGUUUACACUGUCACACCCGUGGUACACCAACACAAAUAAUUACUGUGUCGAGAUUUUAAAUAAACGAAAACGGUUUGCAGAUGAUGUUACAACAAAAAAAGGGAAAUUUUGACUGUGACCGCCUGGAUGUAAAUAAAGAAGUGAUGCCAAAGUUUGUAAAUGCCAUACAUUCUGAAACGUCUUUUUUUUUUUGAAUAAGCUAAAAUGUCUUGUCCACAACUGGGCUUUGCUCGGAACGCUAAUGAAAGCAUGAGGAUCUCGUAGACCAACCUCUGCCCCCUAUGUACGAGUGAGGUUUUACGUAGGGCGGAAAGUGUGUAGAGUCAGGUCCAGGUCACUAUGGAAACCAUGCCGUAAACGCUGACACCAGACCGGACCAGACCCCCACAUAUUGCGAUGCAACAUUUGGAGGAUGUAGACAUGUUGAACAUCCCAAGGUCACGCUUAACAUGCUAAAACGAAUCAGUUUUCUUCUUUCAACAUGAUUUUUCACACACUCAUGCUAUGCUACCUUAGCGCUCCCAUGUUAAUGGUGAGAGUACACCCCUUAUAAAUACACCCUGUGUAUAGUAGCUCCUAGCCCCUCUGCCUCUCUCCGGGGGGAGAGGGCUCGUGAAAGGGUCUCAUUCAGCUCUGAGCUCCAC